AUGAAACAGCUGUCACUGUGUUGGUCUGUAACGCCAAUAAUCAAGUAUCAAUGGCUCGCACCCAAUCACCUCGCGUAUGCUCUUGGUCAUAUCUCUAUUUCUUUUUGUCAGUUGUUGACAUUCUUCAAGGGACUGGGAAGAAAACGUCUGACCAGAGCUAUCACUGUGGCUCAGGAUGACACCAGGCCAUUCAAGAAGGCCAAGACGACAACCCGUGGAGCCAAUGAAACUGUGGCUUCAAAAGCGCAACAGACACAGAAUUGCGACCCGAGUCAUAGUAAUGCCGAGACUCAUGCCGCGAAGCCUCGUGGCGCCAGGAUCACGCCCAGUGCUAUUUAUAACGCUUCAGCAGCGGCAACGAUGGUUGCUCGAAUUAUACUCGAGAACAUCCGGCGCGGUAGUGAACGAGAUCUACUCGAAACCAGGGUAGAGGACUUCAAUGCUAUCGACCAUGCCGAGAAUCCCGCCAGGAACGAACUAUGUGAAGAAGAGCCGGCUAUCUCUAGGGAAAUCUCGCUGAGAGAAUUGCCCGAGAGUAAAGAGACACGUGCAGCUAAGGAAGCUUCAAAGACCGGCGAGGCCAUCGAACUCGUGAUGCUGGAUGAACACGCAAUGAUAUACAGCCUUGCCAAAGAUCCAGACUCCCAGAUCCAGCAGUGCUACGCAUACUGUCAGCAAAAGCUCAAGGAAUUUCCUAUUCCAAGCCACAUCUUCAGACCGCCCUGUAUGCCCUGUGCCGACCUUUUCACGAGGAUGGAGGAUGAUACCGAGACUAGCCACCUGCUUGAGAAGCAAGGCAGUACGUUCUUACGGGAUCUGGCCGCCAAUUUCAAGGCUGGUAAGUCUUGUGCUGGUAAGCGAGCCCCGUGUAUGAACGAGAUGCCUAUGCUGCUGAGGGGAAUCAGUAAGCUCAUGAGCGAGGCCAAUUUCUACUUCCAUGACGCAAACCACAUGAUUCCGUUCCCAAGGCUUCUUAGAUUAUGUAGUAUAUGUUUCUUUAUGAUUCCAGAACAAACACCUCUGUAUUUCUUUGUUUGCUGGCUACGUCGAGCUGGAAAGGCCUUGGGAUUCACCAGAGAGAAAUUAGAACGUGCCAUCUCUUUACUUCGUCGUUUUCAAAGCCUCACAAUCUUUCAGAAGAUGGCAGAUUGUGCGUCAGCUGGUAUGGAGGUGCUAUCCAUUGUGCAAAGUCACGUGCGUCAAGUUCUUUGUUCUCUUCAAUAUCAACUUGACAGUCUUCCUGUGUUCCUCUCAACCUCAGCACUUUUAUCUAUCAUUGUUUCGCCUGCAAUGUACUACUGCACAUUUGAACCGGGAAAUCCCACUUCCCAGCACAAGACCGCCUGUCCCUGGUGCUUGUUGAGGUAUCCACGAUACCCAGUCCCUGCCUGGCAAACAAACCCUAUCCCUCCGCCAACAGAAGAACAGCUCGAUCGACUUCUUCAUCGCACCUCGGAUGGGCUGCGCUGUUACAGACGGAUCUUCCUCCCAGUUCUUUCCAUCUUCCCUGUAUGGCUUCUUUGGACUAUUUGCACCAUUUGCCUCGAUUGGUACAAUGCGUCCAAAGCCAUCAUUCCAUUUGUCGACCUCAUGGAUGAGAUUGCCGAGAACGCUGGUCUUGCCCUUUCCGUGCUUCAGUUGCCUCUUUACACAUUCGUUCCUCUUCAAAUAUCUGGCGGUUUAGAUCCACUAAAUGGAGUGCAAUCAUCGCAGUUUGCGAUCAUUGAAGCUCGCGCGCCUAUUCACGAGGUUAUCUCCAAUUGUCUAGAAAAGGCGUCACUAGAUGACAGACCAGAGGAUGAAGAAACAAGAAAUAUCACCAGAACAUGGGUAGAUGCGUACUACAUAAGGUAUCUUGAACAGAUGAGACGCCCUGAAGAAACAGAGCCACAAGCGGCACUGCGCCUUACCAAGACAUACAUCGCGUUGAUCGAGGACGCUUUUAUGACCCUCAGCGAUAGGCACCCAAGCAAGUUCAGGAUGGCCGACUUUUCUAAAGAUAGUCUCUAUAUCUUGGAGGAAGUAACUACACGUAUGGACCAACUUCGCGAGACAAUACACCGUUUCACAAGCAGCUAUAGUGCUUUUAUGGAGGAAAUGAGCCAAGCUAUCAUGCCGCUUGAGGCCUGUAGAGAAUAUUAUAAAACGAUCGAAUACCACAAACAGGAGGCAUCGUUUGCAAAUCAACGCGCCUGUGACGCCAAAUACAUAGCCGAUCUCUACAAGCUCAGCCUAAGCAAAGCAGUUAUCGCGGAAAGCGCCGUCAAUCACCUUUCUCGCGAGCUCAAAAGGAAAUACGUCUUGAGACUUGGAGGCGAUCUCUCGGAAGUCGCCGUUGGGCUGUCUAGGCUUACGGCUGAUUGA